AUGGUUCUAAAUUCUGUCACUGUCAUUGGAAAACCCAUUCUUUUGGCAUGUGAUACAUAUGCGACGUCAGCAACAUGUCCUAGAAUAUCAUCAGAAAGCAAUAAUGAUUGUGAGACAUGUUGUAGCAUGUUAUUAGAACGUAUGUUCGAUUGUCCACCAUGUCGUUAUUUUGUUCUUAAUAAUCGUCGACAAGGAUCGAGCUGUUUUUGUACAGUAUGCUUUAAACAACAUCGUCAUCGACGUCGUCAUCAACAUGAACGAAAUGAGCAAAUUUUCCCUUCCCGUUUUGAUGUUUAA